AUAAGCACGUAAUGACCAAAUCCAACAUCUAUUUAAGUAGAGACUAGGCACCAUAGACGAAUUGAGAGCAUGAAUUAGCAAGCUAGCAAAGCUUAUCAGGAGCACACUAGAUUCCAUAAAUGAAGAAAUCGGAGGUAAUUAGUUCUUCUUCGUCAGGAAAAUCGUUAACAAACAAUGCUGCUGAAAACAUAAUGGAAGGCAUCAACAAACAAAUCCUUGGAGCUGAGCAGUACAAGAUGGAGAAUAGAGAUCUUAAGAGGCAAAACAAAGAGCUGUCGAAGCAAAACAAGGAGCUGAUGGAGCAGAGCAAAGAGCUGAUGGAGCUGCCUGCUCUUCGAAAAAAGCACGAAGAACUGACCAAGAGGUAUGAGAGCCUGACUAAGAAGCGAAACGAAGAUCUGGCCAAGCUCAGGAAGGAGAAGGAAGAUCAGCAGGUCGAUUUCAAGAAAGAGAAAGAAGAUCUGGAGAGGGAGAUACGACAACUUAAGGAGGAGAUCAAACAGCUAGAGUGUUGUUGUGUCAUACUAUGAUUAAUUAUUUAAUUGUGUGUGUUAAUUUCCCAGCCAAAAAUAAGUUUGCACACUGCCCAGUGUUACUGUGUUAGUAAAUUCGUGCUGUUAUGUCAUGUUAUUAUUGCAAGGGAUUGAAUUUGGUUAAAACU